CAUGAAUGCUGCAUUCAUCUUACUUUCAACUUUCAACUUCUUCUCCUUGUUGUGAUCUGAGUUUCUUUGCUCUCAUUCCAAGCUUCAUUAUUUUGGUGCCUGUAUAUCAAGGUUAUUUUGUUAGACUCAUAUGAUGGAGGAGAGACCAGAAACAGAACUGAUAUCUAUACCUGCCACACCAAGAGUGUCAACACCAGAGAUAUUGACACCAUCGGGGCAAAGGUCACCAAGACCAGCAUCAAAGGAAGCAAAAUCAUCAAAUGCAUGGACCCCAACCUCCUUCAUAUCACCAAGGUUUCUGAGUCCAAUAGGGACGCCAAUGAAGAGAGUGCUCAUAAACAUGAAAGGUUACUUGGAGGAGGUGGGACACCUUACCAAACUCAACCCUCAAGAUGCUUGGCUUCCCAUCACCGAGUCUCGCAAUGGAAAUGCUCACUAUGCUGCAUUCCACAACCUCAAUGCUGGGGUUGGUUUUCAGGCCCUCGUUUUGCCUGUUGCUUUUGCUUAUCUUGGCUGGAGUUGGGGAAUUCUUUCCUUAACCAUAGCAUAUUGUUGGCAACUUUACACCUUAUGGAUUUUGGUUCAGCUACACGAAGCAGUUCCAGGUAAAAGGUACAACAGAUAUGUGGAGCUAGCACAAGCAGCAUUUGGGGAAAGAUUAGGAGUCUGGCUUGCUCUCUUCCCAACUGUUUAUUUAUCAGCAGGAACAGCAACAGCAUUGAUUCUUAUUGGAGGGGAGACCAUGAAAAUGUUCUUCCAAAUAGUUUGUGGUCCCACAUGUACCUCAAAUCCUUUAACCACAGUGGAGUGGUACUUGGUUUUCACUUCUCUAUCCAUUGUCCUGUCUCAGCUUCCAAACCUCAAUUCAAUUGCAGGGCUUUCACUCAUAGGGGCGGUGACAGCCAUAACUUACUCCACUAUGGUUUGGGUACUCUCUGUAAGCCAACAAAGGCCACCCUCCAUCUCUUAUGAACCACUGUCAUUGAAAUCAUCUUCUGCUUCUGCAUUUCUUGCCAUGAAUGCCCUUGGAAUUAUAGCCUUUUCUUUUAGAGGCCACAAUUUGGCUCUAGAAAUUCAGGCCACAAUGCCUUCAACUUUUAAGCACCCAGCUCGGGUGCCAAUGUGGAAAGGAGCCAAGGUUGCUUAUUUCUUCAUUGCAAUGUGCCUCUUCCCUAUUGCUAUUGGAGGCUUUUGGGCCUAUGGGAACCAAAUGCCUCCUGGAGGGAUUCUCACUGCUUUGUAUGCAUUUCACAGUCAUGACAUUUCAAGAGGAAUUCUAGCCUUAAGUUUCCUUCUUGUUGUGUUUAACUGCUUGAGCAGUUUUCAGAUAUACUCAAUGCCUGCUUUUGAUAGUUUUGAAGCUGGUUACACCAGUAGAACAAACCGUCCCUGCUCAAUAUGGGUGAGAUCAGGUUUUAGAGUGUUCUAUGGAUUUGUCUCAUUCUUCAUAGGUGUGGCGCUUCCAUUCCUUUCAAGUCUUGCUGGUUUGCUUGGAGGACUCACUCUUCCAGUCACUUUUGCAUAUCCUUGCUUCAUGUGGGUUCUCAUAAAACAGCCAACAAAGUAUAGCUUCAAUUGGUAUUUCAACUGGAUUCUGGGAUGGUUAGGGGUUGGUUUUAGCUUGGCCUUUUCCAUUGGAGGUAUUUGGAGCAUUGUGAAUGAUGGGCUGAAAUUGAAAUUCUUCAAGCCCAAUUAA